AUGUCGGGAGACCUAGCAGUUGAUCCAACCGUCAAUACAGAGGGCAGUGAAAAGAAAGAACCCAAAGCGAAGAAAACAGGCAAGGAGCAGAAGGAGAGAAGAGUGACCUCGAAAAAACGUGGUUUUCUAAAAAAAGGAGAGGAUAUCUUAGACGUAUCGGUUCACGCCAAGGCUGGGAGGAUCCGACGUGGUCCCAAUGCACUUGAAGACAGCGACAACCGGUUCGUAUGGUGUUCUGCUCUGCUAAAAAUUCCGUGCCGUGUCGGGUCGCUUUUCGAUGACGAUGCGCCACGUUGGCACUGA